AUGUGUGUGCGUAUAGAUGUGUGCGGCGGAUGGUAGUGCUCUGUUGAUGGAAUCCGUGGCCUUCCGAAAAGGUUUUCGGAUGCUCAGUCCCUCGCGGUACUUUAGUUCGUUCGUGUUGAAGAUUGGAUAAUUUGUCGCGUGAUUGUGUCAUCGUCGCUACGGCACACACGUUUCCAGCGUUCGAUGACGGUGAAACAUAGCAUCGUCGCAGCGUUUUGCGUUUCGGUUCCAUUUGUGGCCGGGGGUUUGUGCUUUUGAAUGGGCAAUGCCAUCGGUGAAUCGCGCCUGCAUACCGUAACAGAACCGAACAGUAACCAUCGCGAGUGUAAUCGAGCGCCAACGCUGGUAUGACUCUGCUGCGCUAAUUUAAUGUUACCGGAGUUGAGCAAUCCAGACGAAUAAAAACGGCAAACGUUGCUGUUGCUGCCGACGGCGGCGGUGACCCUGUUCCGUACAAAUCAAGUGUCAAAUUCUUGUUGAUACUGGAACGCAAAUCGGUGGCCGUGAUUGUUUGCGAAUUAUUUGGGGUAAAGCGCAGACUGCUUCGAUCGGCAGAAACACACAUAGCACAGCAGCAUAGACGCAGCAACCAAGUGCCAUGUGGUUAGUGUAGAACCGGAUAGAGCACCAUCAACCAACAAGGGGCCACGCAAGAAUGCUCGAUCGAUCGAAACCCCACAAAUCUAUUCCUAGACCGGCACCAGCGAAGAGGCCGACCCCAAAAGUCGGUAGUAAAACUCACCCUACCAAGAAACAGUAUAAAUCUCCGUCGACGGUCAUAGCACGACUCAGCAGCAGCGAUAAGCAUCGCCCGUCGGCACGGAAUCUCGCACCCGUUAGGUUAGCGGCCGGGAGAAGGGAAGCAUCAUCCCGCGGCCAGCCCGGGAUCCAGAGCGGAAGCAGCGUGUAAGCUAUCCCGGUCCCCACGAGCGUUAUCGCACCGGUCACGAUAUGAUAGCUUAUCUGUCGAAAAUGCGAUCGUCCGCGUCGGAGAUGGCGGGCGGCGAAACGACCCAGUUUCUCAAACUAUCCAGUGCCGUGUUUUACGGCCUCUCGUCGUUCCUGAUCACCGUAGUCAAUAAGACCGUGCUGACCAGCUACCGGUUUCCCUCGUUCCUGGUGCUCAGUCUCGGCCAGCUGACGGCCAGCAUCGUGGUGCUGUUCGUCGCCAAGCGGCUGCAGCUAGUCAAGUAUCCCGAUUUCAGCCGAGACAUCGCGCGCCGCAUAUUCCCGCUGCCGCUGAUCUAUCUCGGCAACAUGAUGUUCGGGCUCGGCGGCACGCAAGCCCUGAGCCUGCCAAUGUUUGCCGCCCUGCGGCGGUUCUCCAUCCUGCUGACGAUGCUGCUGGAGCUGCUGGUGCUCGGCAUUAGGCCCACGCUCGCAGUGAAGGUGAGCGUGUUCGCCAUGGUAGGGGGCGCCCUGAUGGCCGCGCUGGACGAUCUCAGCUUCAAUCUGCAGGGCUACAUGUACGUGAUGAUCACGAACACGCUGACCGCGGCCAACGGCGUGUACAUGAAGAAAAAGCUCGACACGGCCGACAUGGGCAAGUAUGGGCUGAUGUACUACAACUCGCUGUUCAUGAUACUGCCGGCCUUCGUCGGCACCUGGCUGGCCGGUGACAUCGACCGAGCGUGGCAGUAUGAGGGCUGGAACGAUCCGUUCUUCGUCGUGCAGUUCCUGCUGUCCUGCGUGAUGGGCUUCAUCCUGUCGUACAGUGUGAUCCUGUGCACCCAGCACAACUCCGCCCUGACCACCACCAUCGUGGGGUGCCUGAAGAACAUCAGCGUCACGUACAUCGGGAUGUUCAUCGGGGGCGACUACGUGUUUUCGCUGCUGAACGCGCUCGGCAUCAACAUCAGCGUGGCCGGCAGCCUGCUCUACACGUACGUCACCUUCCGGAAGAAGCCGAGCGGCGGGGGAGGAAGCGGUGACGCUGCCUCGUCCGACAAGAAGCUUCUGCUGCCCGCCGCCGGAAGAAUCGAUAACGUUUGUAUAAACGAACAAAAAAAAACACCAAAAAUGUUUGUUCGAAAAAGCUGCUACCCGUUGAUAAACGCCACGAGAAGAUGUCUCCGGUAUCGCCAGCUAAGCUCUAACACGGCCGGAACCGACGGCACAACAGCACCAACAGCCAACAUUACCUUGAACGAUGAGCCACAGCCGGCAGCAGACGAGAUGGACGAGUUUACGAAAGAGUAUCUUCGCAAUCGAAUUGAAGUCAGCAACAUUCAAAGGCUAAUUUUAAGCGCCGGAAGCUCCGUCGCCGCUUUAGUCGAUCCGCGAAGACAUGAUAUGAUCGCUUGCCUGGGGGAAACGACUGGGCGGGAGGCGUUGGAAAAAAUGCUCCACUACAUGAGAUCAACCGAGGAGGGACAACGGAUUCUGGCGGAGAAACCGCGCAUCAAUACGCGCACGGUGGAUAUGGAGGCGCUAAAGAAGAUGCCAGAGCAUACGUUCGGUUACACAUACGUCAAGUUUAUGGAAGAUAAUAAUAUUACACCCGAUUCACGUAUGGAGGUGCGAUUUUUGGACGAGCCAGAACUUGCGUACGUCAUGACCCGAUACAGGGAAACGCACGAUAUGGUACACGCGAUCCUCGACAUGCCCACCAACAUGUUGGGCGAGGUAACGGUCAAGUGGGUGGAAGCGUUAAACACCGGUCUACCGAUGUGCUAUGGCGGUGCCGUCUUUGGUGCCUUUCGGCUUCGUACCAAACAAAGACAAAACUAUCUGCGAAAGUAUCUGCCCUGGGCCCUCCGGACGGGCAAUCGGAUCAAACCACUGAUGGGCGUGUACUGGGAGAAGCGAUGGGAGCAGGAUGUAACGGAACUACGCAAAGAGUUAGGCAUUGAGCUGUUGGCACCGUAG